AUGCUGAAGGACCUCCUACAAUCUAUGAACAAUGAUGCGGACGACGCCAAUGGAGUUGGUGGACUAGUUGUCACGGCUCUUGGGCCGUCUGGGCGGCAUUACAUAUGUUGGAAGACGAACUCUGGACAGUAUAAGCAACAAUCACAUGGUCUCCCAAAGCGGUUACAAGAAUGGCUAUUCCCAUCCGAUGGAAGCACCAGAGACUUUGAGACUUUACAGGUGAUCCUGUCAGGAGACGACACCUUCUGGGCUUCGGACAAGAACGGCGACCUCCGAAGCGAUGAGUCAAACUCGAACCGAAAUCUUCGACGCGCUCUCACAUUCAGCGAUGAUACGCCGGCGUCGGCGGGCAAUCGACGACUGAGUCGGGCACGGGAGACCACAAUCUCAGCCCCAGUGGGGACCGAACGCCCGCGCUCAAACACACUGCCCUCAAAACUUUCACCAGGUAGCCAUGCGCCUGAGCUCUCACCAAGACCGCCGUCGACACACGGUCGUUCCACCUCCACUGCGGACAGGCCACGUCGGGUAUCCGCCAUACCACUCGCCUUCGUCCAGCAGCGGAGGAAGUCUGCGAUACGGCCGCCCAGCGUGAGCUUCGCAGACCACGAUGAUUUGGCGGUACUCAAAGAGCAUCCGAGUCCACCAGUUGCCAGGAGACCAUCCAAUGCCUCCUUCAACCCACGGCGCAGUCUCCUCUUCAACCGCUGCGACUGCGAAUGCGGAUGCCACGGACACAGCUCGAAAGCCCAGCCCCUGAUGCCAUCCACGAAGCGAAGAUCCGGAUACGCGGACGCGAGCGUCCAAACGGACACCCUACCCGACCCCGACGAGCCAGUGCUCCGCAAGGCUUCCUCACGAACCUACGACCAUCACCGCGAACUAUCCUUCGCCAGCACGGCCUCGUUCGAGUCCGACGUCUCCCCCAACAGUCAGCGGUCGAGCUUCGAAACCACCGUCACGCGGCCCGACUCGUGUAGCCUGGAUAUUCUGAAGAAACACGAAUACCAGCAGCCGCCGAACCCCGUCGUUAUGGGGCGAAUGCAGGAUUACUUCAGGUCUACGACGUAUGUCCUGGGAGGGGCUUUGCAUACUAGCGGGAUGGGAUGA